AUGCGUACUAUAAGAGCAAGUAAGACACGAAGCAAAAUCAAAAGCAAAGAGUACAAGAUAGCAGAUAUACACCUCGCAGAUUGGGGAAGGCAGGAAAUACAGCUAGCUGAAAAGGAAAUGCCAGGCCUCAUGAAUAUUCGCAAGAAAAGCACCCAUAACAAUGCGUUAAAAGGCACGCGCAUCACUGGAAGUUUGCACAUGACUGUGCAAACAGCUGUGCUUAUUGAAACUUUAGCAGAACUAGGGGCAGAAUUAAGAUGGGCUAGUUGCAAUAUUUUUUCUACACAAGACGAAGCCGCAGCUGCGGUAGUGGUGGGGAAAAGAGGGAGCGCUGCACAACCCAAAGGGAUUCCUGUAUUUGCAUGGAAGGGGGAAACAGUAGCAGAGUACUGGGAUCUCACCUUAGAGGCGCUUCGAUUUCCCACAACAGAUGGCAACUAUAUUGGACCCGAACUCAUUGUAGAUGACGGUGGAGAUGCUACACUGCUUGUGCAUAAAGGCUUCGAAUUCGAACAAGGCGAUACGUGGGUGCUGGAGGAAGCAAAGAACCCUGAUGAAAAAGAAGUAAAAAGAGUGCUACGUACCCUGCAUAAGAAGGAUAAAACAUUUUGGACGCGUGCCAUUGCUUCUCUAAAAGGAGUAAGCGAAGAAACAACAACAGGGGUAAGACGUUUACAGCAGAUGAGUAUAAAAGAAACCCUGCUGUUUCCUGCAAUCAAUGUGAAUGACUCAGUUACAAAGAGCAAAUUCGAUAACUAUUAUGGGUGCAAGGAAAGCGUUAUAGACGGUAUAAAAAGAGCAAGCGAUAGAAUGAUAGCCGGCUGCACUGUGGUGGUGUGUGGGUACGGCAAUGUAGGCAAAGGGUGUGCUGCUGCAUGCAAAUCGCAGGGGGCAAGGGUUCUGGUGUCAGAAGUCGAUCCUAUCUGUGCUCUUCAAGCAGCAAUGGAGGGCUAUACUGUUCAGCCUAUAGAUUCUAUUGUGAAGAGUGGAGAUAUCUUUAUAUGCGCAACAGGAAACAGAGAUAUUAUAACCUUGCAGCAUAUGAAAAAAAUGAAGGACAAUGCUAUUGUGUGUAACAUGGGUCAUUUUGAUAAUGAAAUACAAGUACAAAAACUACACGAAGAAACAAAUAUACAAAAGAAAACCAUCAAACCCCUAGUAGAUCAGUAUACAUUUAGUGACGGUCAUAGCGUUAUUGUGCUUGCACACGGCAGAUUAGUAAACCUCGGCUGUGCCACCGGGCAUUCUAGCUUUGUUAUGAGUAUGAGCUUUACCAACCAGGUGUUGGCUCAGAUAUAUCUAUGGAGGCAUAAAGAUACACUAGCAAAGCAAUUACAUCAGCUACCUAGAAAACUAGACGAAGAAGUAGCCUUGCUUCAUUUAGAUCAUGUAGAUGCAAAGCUCGCGAAAUUAGACACAAAGCAAGCAAAAUAUUUAGGCAUACAAAAAAACGAACAAUACAAACCAGACGAUUAUAGAUAUUAA